CUUUAUCCCCUCAGAAUGUCCGCCCCCGCCCCCGCCCCGCCCUCCGUCAUUCCCAUGAUCAUCAAUGGCAAAGAGGAAGUCGGCGAUUCGACCUUCGACGUGAUCAGUCCCUACACAAACGAGCGUUGCUGGUCCACGGCCUCCGCCACGCCCCAGGAUGCCAUCCGCGCCGCUGAGGCUGCGGACGCCGCAUUCCCCGCUUGGUCGCAAACCAAACCUACUGCGCGCCGGGAUAUCUUGCUGAAGGCGGCCGACAUCCUGGAGAGCCGUCUCAUCCAGAAUGCAGAGUACAUGCGCACCGAGAUGGGCGCCGAUGUGGGUGCGUCGCAGUUCUUCAUCGUCCCGCUGGGUAUCCGCAUGCUGCGGGACAUCGCGGGGCGCAUCACGUCGAUCUGCGGUAGCGUACCGGUGCUGGAGGAGGAGGGUCAGAGUGCUAUUGUUUACAAGGAGGCUAUGGGGGUGGUUCUAUCGAUUGUGCCUUGGAAUGCGCCAUACGUCUUUGGCGUCCGCGGCGCCGCAUGCGCCCUCGCAGCCGGUAACACGACCAUCCUGAAAUCCUCCGAAAACUCCCCCUGCUCGUACUGGGCCCUUGUUCGCGCCUUCGAGGACGCCGGUCUGCCCCCCGGCUGCCUGAACUUGGUCUCGUGCCGCCCGCAAGACGCCCCCGAGGUCGUCAACACCAUGAUCGAGCACCCGGCUGUGCGCAAGAUCAACUUCACCGGCAGCACGGCCGUUGGUCGCAAGAUUGCGCGCUCCUGUGGACAGAACCUCAAACCCUGUUUGAUGGAGUUGGGCGGGAAGAAUAGCUCCAUUGUUUGCGCUGAUGCUAAUCUUGAUACCGCCGUUAAGGCGGUUUUGGCGGGUGCUUAUUUGAAUUCCGGCCAAAUCUGCAUGGCAACCGACCGCAUCCUCGUGCACUCCUCCAUCGCACCAGCCUUCAUCGACGCGCUGAAGGCCGCCCUAAGCUCCAACAUCGACACCUCCACCCCGCCCCCAACGCUCGUCAACAUCGCGUCCAAAGCCCGUGUCGAAGGCCUCAUCGCAGACGCCCUAUCAAGCGGCGCACAUCUCAUCCACGGCUCUGCCGACCAGACACCCCCAUCUGACGGCGUGCGCAUGGCGCCCGUACUCCUAGGCGGUGUCAACGAAGACAUGACAGUGUGGAAGGAGGAAGCGUUCGCGUCGCUGGCGGCGUGCAUGGUCGUCGACAGCGACGAGGAGGCGAUCCGCAUCGCUAACAGCAGCGGGUAUGGAUUGUCUGCGGCGGUGUUUACCGAGGAUUUGCGAAAGGGACUCGCUAUGGCGAAGAAGAUUCAGUCUGGGGCUGUCCACAUCAACAGCAUGACUAUCCACGAUGAGCCGGCUCUGCCGCAUGGAGGCGUCAAGAACAGCGGGUGGGGUCGCUUUAAUGCGGAGCAGGGGUUGGAUGAGUUCUUGGUUACUAAGAGUGUGACUUGGAUGGAUUAAUGAGUUAUGAAUGGAAAUGCACGUAUGAGCUGGUCUGGUUAAUGGUUUGAUUGAUGGGACAGUGUAUAUAGUUUGGUUGUGCGGAUAUCACACUAGGGGUGGAUAUUUUGCAUGAUUACUUCCUAUCUAAUCG